AUGCGUCUCUCUGCGUUUGUUACCUACACUAUGGCCGGCAUGGCCCUCGCCGUGCCCCAGGCCGUGCCCCAGAGCUCCCCCAUUCCUCUUCUGUCCCCCCCGAGUGGCCCCCCAUCCUCUUGCCAGAACAACUUCGAAGGCAACUUUGGCAUGGCUGUCGUCGAGCUCGGCACGCAAAGCCUCAACAAGAGAGGCUCUUGCAACGCCGAGGGCUCGCUCGACAUGACGCUCAAGGAUGGUGUCUUGACUGACUCCAAAGGUCGCAUCGGCUCGAUUGUCUCAAACUUCCAGUUCCAGUUCGACGGCCCCCCUCAGGCCGGCGUCAUCUACACUUCUGGCUUCUCCGUCUGCACCAACGGCUCUCUCGCCCUCGGCGGAUCUACCACUUUCUUCCGCUGCCUCUCGGGUAACUUCUGGAACCUGUACGACCGUAACUGGGCCGAGCAGUGCUCGCCCAUCCACCUCGCCAUUCUGCCAUGCGGCCAGAACGCCCCCAAGUUUGAUAAUAGUGGCAAGCAAAACGGCAACAUCAUGGUCGCGCCGGCCAACGUCACUUACGUCGGGGACGGCCCGCCGCAAGUGGUUGCCACCACGGUCCCCCUUCCUGUCUGCCAGAUCGGCGACGGACAGAUCCAGGCUCACACCUCUCUCUGCGGUCAACUCCCGCCAGUCACCAGCAAGCCGAAUGCCAGCACGCCAGCCAAAACAACCCCGCCCCCGCCCGCCAAGACGACCCCUCCGCACUCGGUUCCCGCAGCAAAUACCACAAACCCCAAGAGCCCGCCGGGCACCGCUCCCGGCCCGGUUCGCCCCGGACCGACAGCUCCUCUUCCGGUCGUUCCCAUCGCGGGGGGUCCGAGCCUCGCCCCGACCUCAUUCCUGGCGCUCGUCGUCAUGCUCUCCGCGGCUCUGUACAUGCUCUAA